CCCCAUCAGAAGAUCGCCAGCAUGGCACAAGAAGUGAAUAUCGCUGGACUUUAUGCGGAUUUGAACCGUUUUGGACAAAGUCAGGAGUAUGAAAGAGCUGUCAAGGUUGCGAACAAAAUUUUGCAAGAAAAUGCAGAAGAAAAACUCGCUUUUCACUGCAAGGUUGUGUGUCAGAUACAGCUCGGAAGAUUUGAUGAUGCUUUAACUGCUAUACACAAGCAGUCAAGCCUCUCAGGAAACUUGCAGUUUGAAAAAGCCUACUGUGAGUAUCGUCUCAACAGGACAAAAGAAGCCUUAGCCACUCUACGAGCUUUUUCUAACCCAGACUACAGGUGCAAAGAGCUUCUGGCGCAAGUACUUUACAGACUUGAGCAGUAUAAUGAAUGCUUUCAACUUUAUAAGGAGCUCAUCAAAAACUCAGAGGAUGACUUUGAUGAGGAAAGGGAGACUAAUCUGGCAGCAGUCGUGGCAUCCCUUCAACUCUGGCAAGAUGAAGAUGUCGAGGAUCCUGGUAUUGAAGAAAAAUCCUAUGAGCUGUGUUAUAACAGUGCCUGUUACCUGAUAGGGAAGGGCGACAUCAAAGGAGCAGAGCACAGUCUGAAAAAGGCUGAAAUUUUAUGUCGUAAAAGUUUUGAAGAUGACCCUGAUGCUACUGAAGAAGAUGUGCUGGCAGAGCUUGGAAUAAUUCGUGUUCAACUAGCUUAUGUCAAACAACUCCAGAGGAAGGAAGAGGAGGCACUGCAGAUAUACAACCAAGUCCUCAAACAAAAACCCACAGAUGUAGGCCUUGUGGCAGUUGCAUCUAAUAAUGUGGUUACUAUCAACAAGGAUCAAAACAUGUUUGACUCUAAGAAGAAGAUCAAAGUCGCAACCUCAUCAGGUCUUCACCAGAAGCUGUCUGCUGAGCAGAGGAAGAGCAUUGCCAUGAACCAGUGUCUGCUGCAUAUGUACACAAACCAGGGUGAUCAGUGCAAACGACUGGCAACAAGCCUACAGAAUCAGUACCCUGAGUCGGAGACACCACUGCUCAUACAGGUGGCACAGUUUGUCAGGGACAAGCAGAUUCCCAAGGCCAUCCAACUUCUCCAGGGUAAAAGCAGCUCUGGUACUGACAUCACAGCAAAGUUAACCAUGGCUCAGCUGUGCCUGGCCCAGGGGAGUGUGUCAAAGGCUUGUGACGCACUUAGAUCCCUGGGGGACCUCUCAUAUAAACCUGGGGUGGUGUCAGCACUGGUCACGUUGUACAGGAGUCAGGAGGACCAUCAGGCAGCUCUGGAUGUCCUCACAGGUGCCCUGAACUGGUACAGGAAGAACGCCCCCGAGUCCCCAGAGUUCUGGUCACUCAUGCGGGCCACCUCCAACCUCUACCUGAAGAACGGCAAUGCCAAGCAGGCCGCACAGCUCCUGGAGGAGAUCAGGAAAACAAAACCUAAAGAUCCUCGUAUCCUGGCUCAGCUGAUAACGGCCUACGCUCAGUUUGACUCCAAAAGGUCACAGGAAGUGAGCAGGGAUUUACCAUCAGUAGAGGAAAUAGCUUCCAGUGUUGAUGUGGAGUCUCUGGAAGCUUCAUUUAACAUCCUAGGCCCGAAGUACAUGAAGAAGCUGCAGAAAGCAGAAGGGGGUCAGGCAUCUCCAGGGGGACCGUCUGGGGAUAUGCUGAUUCAAAAGAAGAAGAAAAAGAAGAGGAAGAAAGGUAAACUGCCAAAGGACAUGGAUUCUGCCAUUGACCCAGAGAGGUGGCUUCCCAAAAGAGAGCGUUCAUAUUACCGGGGCAAGCGAAAGGACAAGAGGAAGGAUAUAGGUAAAGGUACACAAGGUGCUUCUCCAGCAGUAGACAGUGACCCCAGUAAAACUUCCUCAAACCCAGGGAGUGAAGCCAGUUCUCCACGCCCCGGUGCAGUAGGCCCCUCCCCCCAGUCGGCACCUGGGCCGCGCCAGCAAAAGCCGCAGGCUGCUCAGAAAAAGAAGAAAAAGAAGGGUGGUAAAGGGUGGUAGUAGGGACAGAUACUCUGGAGAUCAGUUUGGGCUGUGAAUGGCUUUCUCCAUAAUGUUCAACAAGCAUAGUCCAUAAUUCAUUUUGUCAGGACUUUUGUUAAACAAAUGACCAUGUUCCAGUCAUAAGGGAGCAAGGUGAUAUGAUCAAAGAGAAAAAAAAUGAUCAGAAUACAUAAAAAAUGAAAGUGUGCCCUGAUGCUUCUUUGGCCUUGACAGUACUGUACAUCAGCUAUUGACAUUAACACGUACCCAAUGCAAAAUGUUCUUUGUGAACCCGCAGAAUCAGGUGUUAAUGAAGUAUGAUUCAUUCAUCUGAUGAUCACAUAUGAAUCAGGUGUGUAAUUGUUACAAAAUUCAGACAGGUACUCACAAUAGCAAAAUGUAACAGUUAUUUUGUGACAAUUUGUUACCUUUACUUAUUGAUCUUUAAUAGCCUGGGCAAUAAAUCGAAGCAAAGCAUGUCAUCUUAGUUAUUAAGGAAAUUACAGUACAAAAAUGGUCCACACAUUAGUGGAAUGUAACAUAAGAAUAAUAUGUAUCAGGAUUUCUACAGGGCUAAGAACGGACUUUUGACGCUAGUAGAUUUCCAUGAAUGUACAAGAGUUCAAAGGUUACCGCAUACCUUGCUGGUCAGGUAGUUACUCUAAUUGUUUAAUGGUGCUGUGACAUUAAAUCUGCCUUCCUGGGCUACUGAUACAGCUUACUGAACAAGGUUUGUGCCGUUAAAGCCCAGUAAGAAGAUUAUGUCCUUCAAUGUGUCGUUGGUUAUAUGCUUCACCAUGUGUAUGUUAGUCAGCCGGCCUUAAUAAAGUAUCAUGUUCUAAGUCAGGAGAAUGUUACAGUGUGCAGUCAGUAUGUGUUACUAACCCAGUAGGGUAUUAUCAACCAGCAGAACGUGUUAUCAACUGGUCAUACUCAGUACAGUGGGA